AUGUUGUACGACCUUCUGCGCUAUCACCUCGGAUGGGUGGAUGAGCGAGGCAAUCCUGCUGAUGAUGCGAUCACGCCCCUGCACCACUGCGGCGCCUUGGCCAUGGCGUCGUCGGAGGCGGUCGGCGGCGGGCAUCCGGGCGCGGCCUCCGCAGCCGCGGCCGUUGAGUUGGCGUACAAUUUCGUUCUGGUGCAUAACGACGUUCAAGCCGGCCGCAUCGAUCAGGACAACGACCGCCCGAGUAUCUGGUGGGUGUGGGGCCCCUCGCAGGCCAUCAACGCCGGCGACGGAUUGCACGCCCUGGCUCGCUUCGUGUUGAUGCGCCUGUCAGACGCCGGAGCCACCUCCGACAUCGUCCUGGCCGGAUUACAGUCUUUGGAUCAGGCAUGUUUGACCCUGUGCGAGGAAAAAUCCGGUGCAUUGGCCGGGUGUGCGGCGCGUCUGGGCGCGUUGGCCAGCGGAGCCGAAGCGGCCACCGCCGACGCGCUGGAGCUUUGGGGCCUGAAACUCGGCAUGGCUCGCCAGGUCAGGGAGGACAUCUCCGACCUGUGGGGACGUUCCGGCGACGGUUUCACUCCCGCCAAUAUCCUGAACAAGAAGAAAAGCCUGCCCCUGAUCCACGCGUUGCAAAACUCCGAUACCGCCGCCAAGCGCGAGCUGGGCGCCAUAUACAUGAAACGCGUGCUGGAGCCCGGGUGA